AUGAAUAAGUCCGAAUUGAGCAAAGAUCAAAUGAAAAUCCUGAAGGAAGCCUUUGAGGCUUUCGACAUCGAGAAGAAGGGUAGCAUCUCGGUGGAGGUGGUUGGUACGAUUCUGGAACUGCUCGGCCACACGCUCACCGAGGAAGAGUUGACGGAGGUAAUGGAAGAGUACGAUGUGGACGAGUCGGGUCAGAUUGAGUUCGAUGAGUUUUUAGAACUGGCGUCAAACUUUGUGGAACCGGAAGAGGACUACGAUGCGUUACGGGCCGAGCUUCGGGAAGUGUUUAUGAUGUACGACAAGAAUGGUACGGGCUUUAUUCCAGUCGAUGUGUUCAAAAAGAUUCUGCAAGAGUUGGAUGGUGCUGUGCCGGAGAAUGAGUUGGAUGAUAUUAUCGAUGAAAUUGAUGCCGAUGGUUCCGGAACGGUUGACUUCGAAGAAUUCAUGGAGGUCAUGACUGGUGAAUAAAGAAAAUUAAAUGUU